CAAAGGGUACUCCAAACCAGAACAAGAAACACUAGAGAAGACACCGGCUUGAUACUAUUUGACAUUUUCAACAGCUGAUUCGACGUUUUUGCUGCUUUGGAACUUGUGCAUUUACUACUUUUUUUACCUCACCAGAAACUUAUACAAUUUUUCCCAAUGUUUCCAGAGGCAAAGAGCGGCUACAGCUACGAGGACUGCAAGGCCACUGCUGACUGGCUGCUGGCCCAGACAGACAUACGACCUGCAGUGGGCAUUGUUUGCGGGUCAGGGCUCGGAGGGCUGGCUGACAUGUUAAAGGACCCGGUAGCUUUCAACUACAAGGAUAUCCCCAACUUUCCACAGAGCACUGUGCACGGACAUGCAGGUCGGCUCGUGUUCGGCACCUUAAAGGGGAGGCCGUGUGUUUGCAUGCAGGGGCGCUUCCACUUGUACGAGGGUUACCCAGUCCAGAAGGUUACGCUGCCCAUACGUGUCUUCAAGUUGCUCGGCGUGGAGACGGUGAUGCUCACCAACGCAGCCGGAGGUCUCAAUCAGGACUUUAAAGUGGGAGACAUCAUGAUCAUCAAAGACCACCUCAACAUGCCGGGCUUUGCUGGCAACAAUCCACUGGCUGGACCCAACGAUGAGAGGUUCGGUGUACGUUUCCCCUGCAUGUCUGACGCCUACGACAGGGAGCUGCAGCAGCUGGCCAUGGACGUGGGACAGGAGCUCGGCUACGGAGACUUCCUGAAGGAGGGUGUGUACUGCGUGCUGGGUGGACCCUCGUUCGAGACCAUUGCUGAGUCCCGUAUGCUGUUCAAACUGGGCGCUGAUGCAGUUGGCAUGAGCACAGCCCCCGAGGUGAUUGUGGCGCGUCACUGCGGCAUGCGUGUCUUCGCCCUCUCGUUGAUCACCAACAAGGCGGUGAUGGACUACGACAGUGAGGAGAAGGCCAAUCACGAGGAGGUCCUUGAGAUGGGCAACCGGCGAGCGGAACAGCUGGAGCGCCUGGUUACCACCAUGGUGACCAGGAUCGAGCACAACAACAACAACUACGCCUAAGAGACGCCAAGGCGCUACCUCAGGAGCACUCUCGCUAGCCUUUAACAAUGACUGGAGGAGACUUAAAAGUGGUUAUGGUUCACAUUUAAUGCUAUUGUACCGAAGAAAAUCACUCUUACUUUAUUAUUUAGGUGUGCAGUUUGGGCUGUUUAGUCCUAGGUCAAAAAAAGAUGAUAGCCUAUCUGACUUGCCUUAUCUGACAUCUUACAUUCCUCUACCGAGCGGUUCCAGAUGACAAAAGUCUCUUCACUUGUUAUCAUUUAAAAUGAGGUGCUUUUGUUCUAACUUAAAAUGUAUGAUCAGCUGUAUAAAUGUCUGCAAUUUAACUUAAUGAGUAAAAAUCUGCCUGUAAAGAUCGUA